AUGGCACUUGGUGUCAUGGCGUGUCCACUCGACACCCCCUCUUGUUCUUCGGGAAUCACGAGUCCGACUCCAAGCCCCUUAAACCCCGAGAACGAAAAUGAAAGCGAUAAGGCUAGCGACAGCGGCUUCAGCAACGGAAUUGCGACUCCCGCCGCCGCCGUCGGUCUCGACAUAUCGCGCAUGCGUUUUGAAUGCCGUUGGCAGAACUGCGCCAAGGUCUUCCGCAGACCCAGUGAUUUGACCAAGCACGAAAGGUACCAUAUCAAGGAGUACAUAUGCGACGAGGUGGGCUGCGACAAGGCCUUCGCGACCAUGAAGGACCUUAGGCGGCACAAGAAGACGCACGAGACGCUCGAUGGCGACAGCUCUGGGUACCGCUGCCGUGUUCCUGGGUGUCGAAAGGCAAAGACCGGACACGUGUACAACCGUCGCGACAACUUUGUUCGCCAUCUUCGGACCAAGCACGUGGGGAUGGACUUCGAUGUCCGGGAGGAAUAUGACAUGACGUACUGA